GUUCAUUAAUUCUCCUCUAUCAGCAGAUUUGAUGGUCAAGAUUCUCGUGUGAAUGCAGAGCAUAUUGAAAUUCGGUCAUCUGGGAAAUCGCCUUGGACACAAAAUGAGUCAGAAAGAUCAUUAAAUAACUACAACAUCAAUAUUCCUAUUAGUGCUCCCACUAGUCCUUAUUCAAGUCCUGUACCAAGCCCUCCAAGAGGUGGAAGUGAUUUUCUUGCAGCUCAUUACAUGACUCCCCCAAGUAUUUUUCAAGCUUGGUCUGCAGUGGAGGUGCCACAUUCAGAUGCAAAUCUUGGCCUAGGGUUUUCCUACCAAAUACCACCUGAGAAAAAUGCAUCAAAUGAUGACAAUUCUCCCAUCCAUAGUCCAAGGGCAAGUUCCCGCCGACGUACAACAAAUGCUACUAGGCCUGUAUCAUGGCAUGAGAGCAACUCUCAAGCCACUGUACAUCCCUUACCUCUUCCUCCUGGAGCUGCCUUGCCUUCACAGGCCACACCAAUGUCCCCAAAACCAUCUAGAACUGAAUUUCCAGGAUCUCCCCUGCCUUCACAGCCAACUCAUAUAUCGCCGCUUGCACUUAAAUCUGAUUUUCCAGGAGCUACCAUGCAUUCAAAGCCUACCCCAAUCUAUCCAGCCCCAGUUAAACCUGAAUUGAUGCCUAUUAAAGGUCAAUGGCAAAAAGGAAAGCUUAUUGGGCGUGGGACAUUUGGAAGUGUGUAUGUAGCUUCAAACAGAGAGACUGGAGCCUUAUGUGCCAUGAAAGAAGUUGAAAUUUUACCAGAUGACCCAAAAUCGGCAGAGUGUAUGAGGCAGUUGGAGCAGGAAAUUAAAGUGCUCAGCAAUCUGAAGCAUCCGAACAUUGUGCAGUAUUAUGGUAGUGAAAUUGUUGGUGACCGGUUUUACAUAUACCUGGAAUUUGUUCAUCCUGGUUCAAUCAAUAAAUUCAUCCGUGACCAUUGUGGAGCGAUAACAGAAUCUGUAGUUCGCAAUUUUACUCGUCACAUUCUCUGUGGGCUGGCUUAUUUGCACAGUACGAAAACCAUACACAGGGACAUCAAAGGUGCUAAUUUGCUCGUUGAUGCAUAUGGAGUUGUUAAACUUGCUGACUUUGGGAUGGCUAAACAUCUGACUGGGCAAGCUGCCAAUCUUUCGUUAAAGGGUAGUCCAUACUGGAUGGCUCCUGAGCUCUUGCAGUCUGUUAUGCAGACAGAUGAUAGUUCUGAUCUUGCUUUAGCAGUUGAUAUAUGGAGCUUGGGCUGUACUAUAAUUGAAAUGAUGAAUGGAAAACCCCCUUGGAGUGAACACGAAGGGCCUGCAGCAUUGUUCAAGGUUUUAAAGGAGACCCCAUCGAUACCUGAAACAAUGUCGGCAGAUGGCAAGGAUUUCCUGCACCGAUGCUUUAGAAGAAAUCCAGCAGACAGGCCAACAGCUAGCAUGUUGCUCAAACAUCCAUUUGUGAACCAGUCAGUUAAUGAGAUAAAAUCAACGGAUGAUAUAACACUUCAGCAACCAAGUUAUAAAUUUGAUCAAGUGCCUGUGUCCACAGACACACGGACCACGAAGAGCAAACUGCAGGCUGUCAACUUUAUGCGUGAUUCUUUUUCUCCAGUGAGACUAGCCAACGAAGUCACCUUGAAGUAUCCAAUUUAGCCAUGGUUCCACUUCUUUCUCCUCGUUUCAGCUCUUGAGGCUCUUCCUUGUUAUCCCCAUCGUGCUUGGGCCAUGCAUUGCCCGGAGGCCACCAGCAUUCCAGCAAAUUUUCCUAUUACUCACAAAUGGGGUGAGAAUAAGAAAUUGUAGAAGGGUAAUGGAUCUGCCACAUACUUUUUUUCGGUGUGGUUUUCCCCUUGAGAUCUCUCGAUUCAUGAUAGUGUCAAAGAACUCCGUCAGUGUGCUCUUACAGGUAGCAACGUGCUUAGGGCAUGUUGGGUAGCCUCAACUGGACAUGAUUAUUGUGAGAACUCAACUCAUGAUCGUGUGGGGAUGUCGGUAUUCUUUUCUAGGUAGCUUGCUGUCCAGGGAGUUGGAGCCAGUAAUUUUCCUUUUUGAUGUUGACUAUGAAUUGUAGAUGUAGGUUUUUAUUCUAUUCAAUGAAGUAGAAGGCUUCAACAAUCUUGGCUGAGAAAGGAUUGAUUUCGUUACUUGUUUAAUGGAUGUAAAACAUAGUAGUGAAAAAGGACUGGUAGAGCUGGCAGCCUGGCACAAAGGUUAUUGAAAAUAUGAUUUAGCUAGUUGUACUCGAUGUAAAUUUUCCAUAGGUUAGGUUAAAAAGUGUAGUGGAAGUUAUCUUGAACUGUUUUAGUUUGUGUUCUCAUAGAUUCAUCAUGAGAUAUAUUCACUAUUAAGAUUAUGAGA